CAAGCCGCCGGGGCUAUGUGGCGGGUGGAUGAAAAAGGUGCCUUAGCUGGACCAAUUAUUGUGGAACCACAUGUUACAGCAGUAUGGGGAAAGAAUGUUUCCUUGAAGUGUUUAAUUGAAGUAAAUGAAACCAUAACACAAAUUUCAUGGGAGAAGGUACAUGGCAAAAGUUCGCAGACUGUUGCAGUUCAUCAUCCUCAAUAUGGAUUCUCUGUCCAAGGAGAAUAUCAGGGAAGAGUCUUGUUUAAGAACUAUUCACUUAAUGAUGCAACAAUUACUCUACAUAAUAUAGGAUUCUCAGAUUCUGGAAAAUACAUUUGCAAAGCUGUUACAUUCCCACUUGGAAAUGCCCAGUCCUCUACAGUUGUAACUGUAUUAGUUGAACCCACUGUGAGCCUGAUAAAAGGGCCAGAUUCUUUAAUUGAUGGAGGAAAUGAAACAGUAGCAGCAAUUUGUAUUGCAGCCACUGGAAAACCAGUUGCACGUAUUGACUGGGAAGGCGAUCUUGGGGAAAUGGAAUCCACUACGACUUCUUUUCCAAAUGAAACUGCAACAAUUGUCAGCCAAUACAAACUCUUUCCAACCAGAUUUGCUAGAGGAAGGCGAAUUACUUGCGUUGUAAAACAUCCAGCCCUGGAAAAAGACAUCCGAUAUUCUUUUGUAUUAGAUAUACAGUAUGCUCCUGAAGUUUCAGUAACAGGAUAUGAUGGAAAUUGGUUUGUAGGACGAAAAGGUGUCAAUCUCAAAUGUAAUGCUGAUGCAAAUCCACCACCCUUCAAAUCUGUGUGGAGCAGGUUGGAUGGACAGUGGCCUGAUGGAUUAUUGGCUUCAGACAAUACUCUUCAUUUUGUCCAUCCACUGACUUUCAAUUAUUCUGGGGUUUAUGUCUGCAAAGUGUCCAAUUCCCUUGGUCAAAGAAGUGAUCAGAAGAUCAUCUACAUUUCAGAUGUUCCAUUUAAACAGACCUCUUCCAUAGCUGUAGCUGGAGCUGUAAUCGGAGCUGUCCUUGCCCUUUUCAUCAUUGCUGUCUUUGUGACUGUACUGCUCACUCCUCGAAAAAAGAGACCGUCCUAUCUCGACAAAGUGAUCGAUCUCCCACCCACACAUAAACCACCUCCUAUGUAUGAAGAACGAUCUCCCCCUUUGCCUCAAAAAGAUCUUCUAUAUCAGACUGAGCACAUGCCUUUGCAGACUCAGUUCAAAGAGAGAGAAGUUGGCAGUCUUCAGCACUCUAAUGGCCUAAAUAGCAGGAGGUUUGACUAUGAAGAUGAGAAUCCAGUGGAGGAAGAUGGGAUUCAGCAGAUGUACCCCCUUUACAAUCAGAUGUGUUACCCAGACCGGAGCCCUGGCAAACAUCAAAACCACGACCCUGCAAGUGUCUACAUCAACCCACAAGAACAUUAUGUGUGAUUUUUCUCUUUUUCCAAUGGAUAUUCUAACAAAUGUUUAUUGUUCAAUUGGGGAGAGACACUGAGGCCAAUAGUAUUUUAUUCUCUCUCAUAUAAAACAAUCCCAAUCUAAGUGAUUGGAAAUCUUGAAUGACGUGGAGCCAGAAGUGAAUUUCUUUCCUCCGGGUGGUUUCUUAACCACCAGCUGUGUUUGUGAACUUGGAUAUUGCUUCGUGUGUCUCUAAGACGAUGGUGUUUAACUACUCACAUUUGGCCCAUGAUGGCAUGUUCUUUCAAAAGCACAACAUCUGCCUACAGUGACUACAGUGGUUCUCCAGAAAGACAGAUGCAGCUAUAGUAUUGACCUUGUUAGGUCUCAGACAGGCCAGCCUUUGAAUUCAUCUGUAAUUCAAACAGGCAAAAAAUGUAUUCAGAAUCCAUUUCACUAAUUAUUUAGCUGGGGUUUGGAUUUCCCUCAUAAGCUUAAUAUAGUUGUAAUACCUGAGUGCCAACAGAGGCCUGAGGAAAGAAGCACAAUUUGCUCUUUACCCAAAAAACAGCAAGAGGCAGUUUAAAUCUCAAGCCUGUUGGUUGUUUUUAAACAGUUGUGUUGCAUUAAGAUGUGUUCCUUCCUGAGCACUGAUGCCUUGGGGGGGUCCAUUAUUUCUCACUGUUACCUGCCUGCUCUUGACUUGCUGUGUAUAAUAAAGGUUCUUCUCUGGCUCAGUCAUUGUUCCCACAGUCUUCUGCACUGUCCUAGCCAGAUGAGCCUGUUUUCCACCUAUUACAUUCUAAAAGUU